AUGCCUUCAACACUCGUUUUCGCUUCUCUUCUUGUUCACGCCGCUGCGCAAUCGACAAUCCUUUACAUUCCCUUCUAUGUCUUGGAUACCCAGUCAAUCGAUGCGUCGAUCGUAGCUGCGAACCCACCUGCCACUACUAUGCAACUCGCCUGUCCUUCAGGCACAGAUUCGAACGACUGCGGUCUCUUCCCUGACAUGACCCUCGUCUAUGGCCCUUCUACAUACCACUUGGAUAUGGGCGUCGGUGAUGGAAACGCCUUCACAGGUACCGCAGAUUGCUCGAGGGGGGCGAACACAGCACUUUGUACCGAGUUCGCAACGGGCAGUGAAGCGAAUUUCCCGGGCAGCAGUACAACAACGUACGCAAGCGAGGACAUUCUUACUCUCCCUGAGACAGUCGCGAGCGGAGCCGAGAGGCUUUGA